ACUGAUGCAGCACAUCAGCAGUGUUCGCCUCCACCUCAAACAGCUCUCCACUUACAGAAGUUACACAUCGCAUGCAAAACUCACGUCACUGAAUGCAACUUUGGAUAAGGGAACCGUGCGUGUUUAAGCUACUUGGGAGAUUGAGCAAGAUUUGAAGUGCACUGGUCUUGUGGAGUAGCCUACAUAGAAACACUCCAGCAUUAGGAUGAGAGCGAUAAACUUGGACACGUACAGCCUGUCUCUGCUGACCGCUAAAGAAGACAUCCUCAACCCGCGAGCAUCUACCAACUGGGCUUUAUUUGCAUAUGAGGGAGUGACCAACAAUCUAAAACUUACAGAUUCAGGAGCUGGAGGUUUGACAGAAUUGGUUGGGAAAUUUCACAACAGCAGGCUCAUGUAUGGCCUCUGCAGGGUGGGACUGACAGAAACAGGACAACCACAGAUUGUCAUGGUCUGCUGGGUUGGUAAUAGUGUGGAUGAGCAUCGCAGAACUGAAUGUGACAGCCAUCUGCCUGCCAUCAAGGCCUUCUUCAAGGAGGUCCAAGUAUUUAUUACAGCCUCGGAGCAAGAUGAGGUGACAGAGGAGCAGAUUAUGGCUGCUAUUGCAAAGAUUCGACCUCCAAUGGAGAAACUGAGGAGACCCUCAAGGGCAAUGGAUAAGGAGGAGACUGUGGGUACAAACUACAAGAAGACAAAUGCUGCCCUGGAAAUGAGACGGAUUAACAGAGACUCCUUCUGGGCACGUGCGGAGCGUGAGGAGGAGGAGAGAAAGGAGGAAGAACGUCGGAGGGCUGUGGAAGACAGACGACGCUGGGAGAGAGAACGAGUUCUAAAGGAGAAAAAAGAGGCUGAAGAGAGAGACAGAAAAAUGAAUGAAAAGCUACAGAUGAUUGAAGAGCAAAGGAGGAUCCAGGCUCAGCUUGAGGAAAAGGCUAAACAUAUGGAAAAAGCGAAAUGGAUGGAGCAGCAGAAAGAGCAUGAGGAGGACAUGAGGGCCCGACUUAGACGCAGCGAGUCCAUUGAGAAAGCAGCAGAGGCAGCAGUACUUGUUUCCCAGCGCACCAUCAAUCCCAGGGAGUUUUUUAGGCAGUUAUCUGCAUCCUCACAAAAUUCUUCAAGCCCCGGAUCACCACAAUCAGGAAAAUCUCCAUUCCGCCGCUACCAACGCAGUUUGACAGACACAGCCUUCAUCUUUGAGACUAACUCCUAUUCUGGUCCCACAUCCCCACACAGUCCCUCUGCUAGGUCUCCAUUCUCACGCACCCAUUCCACGUCCUUUAAACGUCCAACAUCCCCACUUAGUCCACCCUACCAGAUGAUCCCCUCACCACAGCAUCCUGAAACAUCUCCUUCCCCAUCACCUUCCCCACGCUCUGUCCCACCGGUGUCGCUCCCACACAUUUUACCUGUCACCAGACCCCCUCCACCCCAGACGUCACCUCCCAGCCGGCCACCUCCUCAAGCCCCUGUACACGAUUCCGCUUCCCCUGCGUCUCCAAAGCUGCUGGAGUCACGAAAAGUAGAAUCUUGCGCCUAUGACGUUAGCAGGGAGAAACUCGCUGUCACAACAGAACAUUUUUCAGCUUCACUCUCCGAUAACCCACUGCACAAUACGGAGCUUGUUACUGGCUCUAGAAUGCUGUGUGAACCAGAAGUGGACUUCAUUGCCAAGACUGUGCUGGUCGAAGAAGAUGAAGAAGAGGUAGAGGAUCCAGAGGAAACUUCAGCCAUGUCAGUUCCGGCUUCAGAUACUGUGAUCACCACAAACUAUGAAGAAGGAGUGAAAACCGUAGAGGAACAAUUCAAGCCUGAGGGUGAGAAGAGUGUCAUCAGCUCCCUGGUGGAGGUUGAUGAGUCAGAGUCUGAGGAUGAAGCACACUCUGAGGAGCAGCCUUCUGCACAAUCUGAGGAAUUCCACCCUAAUGUCAAACACAUGCCAAGAAACGUGGCACCGAUCUCAGAUGAUGAAGUUGAGGAAGACCUACCAAAGAGCCCAGAGUUGUGUGUGAACACAUCAGAGUAUGAUCUGAUGACUGAAGAAGAUGAAUCUGAAUGUGGUAGACCACUGAAUGGUACAGGCCAUGAGCUAAUUGGAGAAGAGGAUAUUGAUGUAUCUGAGCACAGCACACCUGAGCGCUUCUGUUACACGGUUAAUCGUGAGGAGGAAGAAUUAGAUGAAAUCCAAGCAGAGUUGGUGACUGAGAAUGGCGAAUCAUCACCAGAAAGCCUUCUGCGUGUGAGAGCGUUGUAUGACUACCAAGCAGAGGAUGAAAAUGAGCUCUCUUUUGAACCUGGUGACAUCAUCAGUGAUGUGGAAACAAUCGACAAAGCGUGGUGGAGGGGCUCCAGCAAAGAUGGACGCCAGGGUCUCUUUCCUGCCAACUUUGUAGAGACCAUCUAAAGACGGUUCCUCUUCCCUCUUUUCUUUAUACCAUUUCUCAGGGACUAAGAACCGCAAAACCCAGUCUAUGAGGAUGUACCAUGUACUCUGAGAAUAAGAGUCACAGGAAAAGGGUUUGGAAGGGAAGUGUUCACAGGCACGACUCGGCCAACAAUUCCUUGCGUUCCAAAACAAGCAGCCAAAGUCGACAAUUGAGGUUUUAAUGAUCAUAAACUGCAAGACUGAGGAGGAUUCUCACAUGAUGUGAGCUGAGAGACUGAUUCAGUACAAUUUUGUUUACAAUUGUACACAAAUUAUCAUCAUUUUAUCGUUUACACAUUACAUCAUUUAUUAUUUUGCAUACAGCUGUUACAUUUAUCAUUACUAAAUGAUACCAAAGGUGGUGGCGGUGUCAACUGGAGAACAGAUUGCAGUUUCUCUUUUACACGUAAAUCCAGCUUACAGUCGCGUAACAUUUGGCCCUGAGUAUGAGUUAUUUUUUUUUUUUACAGAACUAGUGCUGUCAUAAUACCAGUAUGAGACAUUUUGAUAACUUAGGUUAUAUAGUUGUUAAAUGUAAUUUUUUUUUUUUUUUAAGCAGAGAUGUACUUGCAGAAUUCUGAAUGGUUUCAUACCUGCAAAGGUGCGCAGACAAUACAAUAGUUGUCACUGAACAUAGUAGACACCUGAGAAAGUGGUAUCCAAUGAUACAAACUAGCCUAACAGAUGGAAUGAACCACAACUGUUUUUUUUGUUUUUUUUAAACUACUCUUUCAAUAUUGUGUCUUUUAGAGAAGGGUACUUCUCCUAAAGUUAUUGUUUUAGUGUAAUAUUUGAAACCCCUCGCUAUUAUGAAAGCCAAUGUAAAUGAAAAAUUGUUAAAAAAAAUCUAAGUUUAAGUGUCUUAUCUUAUAAGCAGAUAACGAUAUAACAGAAGUUGGCACCCUUUGCAUGUUUUUAAAUGCUCUGAACCUUCUGUCAAAAUGAAAUUCUUCCAUACACACUACCGUUGAAAACUUUGGGGUCGGUAAGAUUUUAAAAUUAUUAUUUUUUUAAAUUUCUUGUUCACCAAGGCUGCA